AGUCUGUAGCUGUCUGCAAGAUGGCGGAACGGGGAAGGGAUCUGUCUGUCCUCAUCAGAAGAAUAACAUAAUUUAUAUUAGCUAGCUAAGAAAAUAAAAUUGAGUGAAUUAAAUAUAGCUCUGACAGAGGAUUCGCCAGUGGAGGAUGAAUAGUGCCUAGAUCCGAGCAAUAUAAGCUGAAUGCAUUGUGAUUUCCAAUAAUUGAGACAGUGAUUCUAAAAAACUGUCUACAUUAAUGAAAAGAACAAUGUAGUCAACUUAGCAUAUUCAACACUGGUACAUGGUCAAUACAGGGAAGUGUUAUUAUUUUUAUUUUUUUCGAAGUCUUGUGUGCAAUGUGCUUCUGCAUGCGUUUUAGCUGAAAGCUUAUGAGAAAUAGUUGCCAAAACAAGAAUCAGGGUGACCCAUAGAGCAGUUGUAUUUAGUGAUUCAUAAGACGCAGUCAACAUGGAGAUAGAUGAAAUAUUACCCCCCUUACCGUUGGAGCCACCUGAUGAUUUUAACUCGGAGGGCCUUAAUGGUAAAGCGCAGCCUCCACCACCCCCCCUGCAAACGUCCAGUGACGCAGAGGAAAUGGACGUUAGCUCUGGUGGUGAUGGACACACACACACCCCAGCAGGGGGCCUGGGGCUCCACACCAAGGGCUCCAUAACCUUCAUUAAUAACCUGUCAGAUGAGGCCGAACCUAGCACCCCGUGUCCUACAACAGCCCGCCACGCACCCCCCGUCACCAAGUUCUUGCCAGACCUCAAGUUACUCAGAGACAUUAAGAUCAGUGUCAGCGUCGUAGAUACCAGCAGGAGCAAAGAUAGGAAGGUGCUGUACACAGGAAUAGGUCAGGAGGGUGGUGGUGGAGGGGAGACCAGCUCAGAGGGCCUUAAUGGUGAGUUUCAUGAUGCUGAUACAGAGCCAGGGGCAGUGGAUAGUAGGUCAGGGCUGGGGAAUGGGGUGGUCGGUGUCAGUGCAGGGAGGAGAGGGGAGGAGGCGGAGGCAGACCCGGAGAACAAAGUGGAGUUUGCGGUCCUAGAUGAGCUGGAGGACUUCAGUCAGGACUUCCUGGACAUGGAGGAUGUGCAGCAGGGGGGGUUCAGGUCAGAGGUCAAAGUUCAACAGGAGCACGCUGACGAAGUGAACCUAAAUAACUCCUAUGAGGAGGACUUUGAUAAUGAUGUAGACGCUCUGCUGGAGGAGGGCAUGCCUGUGCCCAAAAAGAUGCGCCUUGCAGAGGGGGCUGCUGAGUAUGCAGGGGACAGUGACCACGCAUCCGACGGGGAUGUGGAGGGAGGUGUUCAGCCCAUGAUGACCAAAAUUAAGACAGUCCUGAAGAGUCGUGGGCGUCCACCCACUGAGCCACUACCAGACGGAUGGAUCAUGACAUUCCAUAACUCUGGCAUUCCAGUCUACCUGCACAGAGAGACCAGAGUGGUGACCUGGUCCAGACCUUACUUUCUGGGGACCGGGAGCAUCAGGAAACACGACCCUCCCACCAGUAGCAUUCCCUGCCUGCACUAUAGGAAGAUGAAGGAUCACGAGGAAAGGGAACAGAACGGAGAGGUGACACCCAACGCUGAAGUGUGUCCGGUGAAGCCUGGGAAGGAGGCAGACUCCGUGGAGAGACCAGACGAGCCUGACUCCACGGCCCAGGAGGACGCUACCGCUGUGGGCCUGGGGGAGGGAGAGGUGGAGGCGGAGAUAGAGACAGGCCUGGUCACAGAUGUGACCAUAAAGGGGUGCCCUGUCCUGCAUGGCAAGAUGCCCCACUCCUUUGAGAUGGCCCAGGGGGCUCUGGGACAGGUCAGGGCCAAGGUGGAGGUGUGCAAAGAUGAAUCGAUAGAAAUUGAGGAGUUCCGCAGCUACCUGGAGAAGUGCUUUGACUUUGAACAAGUGACUGUGAAGAAGUUCCGUACUUGGGCAGAGCGCAGGCAGUUCAACAGGGACAUCAAGAGGAAACAGGCUGAGUCAGAGAGACCCAUGCUGCCUGCCAACCAGAAACUCAUCACUCUGUCUGUAUCAGAUACCCCGACCAAGAAAGAGUUUGUCAUUAACCCAAAUGGGAAAUCUGAAGUUUGCAUCCUACAUGAAUAUAUGCAACGUGUCCUAAAGGUCCGACCUGUUUACAACUUUUUUGAAUGUGAGAACCCAAGUGAACCCUUUGGAGCCUCUGUCAUUAUAGAGGGAGUGACAUAUGGCACAGGAACUGCAAGCAGUAAAAAACUUGCCAAGAAUAAAGCUGCUCAAGCCACACUGGAGAUCCUCAUCCCUGACUUUGUGAAGCAGACGUCUGAGGAGAAGCUGGUAGAAGGGGAUGAGCUGGAGGUAUCAGCCUGCCAAUCAUUGUAUUUUAAUCAUAUCAGUAUUGAAGAUUCAAGGGUGUACGAACUGACCAAUAAAGCAGGCUUACUCUCGCCAUAUCAGAUUCUACACGAGUGCCUUAAGAGAAACCAUGGAAUGGGUGACACCAGCAUCAAGUUUGAGGUGAUCCCAGGAAAGAACCAGAAGAGUGAAUAUGUGAUGACGUGUGGCAAGCACACCGUGCGCGGAUGGUGCAAGAAUAAGCGUGUGGGGAAGCAGCUGGCGUCUCAGAAGAUUCUCCAGAUGCUGCACCCCCACGUGAAGAACUGGGGGUCACUGCUCCGCAUGUACGGCAGAGAGAGUAAUAAGAUGGUGAAGAAGGAAAAUUCAGACAAGAGUGUGAUUGAACUUCAGCAGUAUGCCAAAAAGAACAGGCCAAAUCUUCACAUCCUGAACAAACUGCAAGAGGAGAUGAGGAAACUGGCUAAGGAGAGGGAGGAAACCAGGAAGAAGCCCAAGAUGACCAUAAUGGAGUCAGCCCAGCCUGGCAGUCAGCCCCUCUGCACUGUUGACGUCUAGGAACUAUCACUGCAACCAACCUAACAUGGCACUGACAAAUGGUAACCAUAGUCACUGUCCGAUUUAAAAGCCACUCCACCAAUCUAUCAUCCAAUUAUGCAUCAUUAUAAAAUGGCAAUACAACUCGACAUUUAUAGUAUAGCGGUGGUCAUCUUAUCUUAGCACUGUUUCUCCAAGCUGUUUAUUAUUUUACUCCAAAGGUGUUUUUGAUUCAUUGUUAGUGGAUAGGGUAGGAAUAAGACAAAUGCACUAACAGACAGUAGAGUUAACACCAUCUACCUCUAGAUGCAAUCUCUACGCAGUGGCACUUCUAUAAAUUGAACCAUAGGGGUUGCAGACAGACCGGUUGAAAUGACUUGACAUGUAUCUAUGAACCACAACAAAUAUUCAGCCUGUUUACUGUGUGUAGUAAUAACUGCUGACAACCACUAGACUCCUCCCCCUCCAAUUAUAUUGCAUUGAUUUGAAUUUCUAAUACACUCCAAAUAUAACCUAAAGUACCUGAUACUUUACGGAGACUGAACAUUUCUAACAGGUUUCCUUGUAUGCUUAAAGCAUUGCCUAUUCCAAGGGAUUAGUUUGCGCUCUCUGCUUUUGCUUUACAGGUACGUUGUGGAAAACUAAUUUAUAUGCUGUUGUCAUUGGAAAUUGUUGAUGGUUGAUGUCGUGUAUAAUUUGGAUGGUGAUUAGGGUUUUUGAUGAGUAUGCUUCGGCUAAAGAAAGGCCAGCUUACGUUUUCAUUUACACGUGAAAUUUGUACCUAUUAUGUAUUCAAAUGCAUUGUUUGCUGUCUAAUCAUAUACUUGUUACAUGCUCAUUGUGUUAGUACGAGAAAUGCAUUUUGAACUGAUUAGGGAACGGACGUUCAUCUCGAGACGUAUUAAGCGGAACUAAUGAUUUUAAUUGCCUUUUUUUGUUUUGGAAGUACAGGAUGAAACAUAUCAAUGGACAGCUGACAAGGCUGAUCUGUCUAGCUAAGAUCCUGUUGCCACGUUAGCACUGCAGACAGAACACAAGCACCAGGGCUUGGAGUACUGUAGUCAUUGAGAAGUGAUUGAGGAGAUAUACAAGGUAGUUACAUAUUUAAGAAUACCUAUAUUUUUGUUUCUGCGUUUAGGUGUAGCCGCUUCAUUAUUUUUUUAGACUAUUUAAAGCAAAACAAUACAACAUGCAGACCAUCUUACUAUCUGGUACAGUUCAGCUGCUGUGAUAGCCAUUUUGCAUCAUGAUAAUGUGGCCGGUGACACUUUGCUUCUUGAAAGUCCAAUAUCUUGAAACUUGACUGCUGACAUGCAAAACAUUUUGGGACUUUAUCAACAGUGGACUGAUGAAAAAAAAAAUACCAAAAGAGAGUUUCUCAGUGGAUGUUGCAUUUUAAGGACCCAUAAACUGAUAGGAAAACAAUUGGCAACCUGUUGCCUUCGUUCACCCAUUUCAUGUAGGGCUCCCCAGAGCAUUCACAUGGCCCAAGUCCCCCUUAAAGGGAAAUGGAAAGACCAAGCCUCUCUUACUUGAUACAGCAUUUGUUUAGCCUGUUUUAGUAUUUGUAAUAAUAUGAUAAGACAGUAAUAUUGAAAAAAUUGCCUUUAGCAUAUAUGGAUUUUAAAUAAUUGUCUAAGGUUUUGCAUACGUUUGUUUGCAAUCAUUGUGACAACUGAUCGUGUGUGUUCUGAUCAAUCACAUCUUCAAGCAUUGAUGUGUAGAAUGUGGAACUGCGAUCCUCUCCUCAAAAGGCAAUCUAUGAAAAUGAAGUUGGCACACUUUACCUCUAACAAAAUACGAUCAUGUCAUUAUUAUUAAAUCUGAUAGCUAAAGGAGCAGUGUGAACCAAAGCUUAGUCUUAUGCAUUUUUAUAGAAUACUGUAGGUUGCUGCACAUGAUACAUAAGUAAAUAAAUAUGAGGAAAGGAAAAAAAGAUGCAAUACCUACUAGAACAAAAUAUAAACUUCUGUGCAUUCGUUGUGUGAAGUAUUUCAUUUGUGUAAGGCUUUUCCUGAAUGUCUACAGCAUCUAACAUUUCAUCUUACAUGGGCACAAGGCUGCUGUGUUAAGAAAAUAUGCUUUUUACACUUGAAGUUAUUUGCUAGAUAUUGCUGCCUAGAAAAUGAAGUAUGUAACUGCGACUUGGGAUCGCUGACUUCAGUGAAAUUUGUUUAUGCAAAUAAAAUAGUAAUGACUAA